AUGGGUUUCAACCCUCCGGUGCCGCAGCAGGACAGCGACUGGGAGAUCCGUGCAGCGGUGCAGGUGAGCCUGCUCCUCCAGGUGUUCCUCAUCUUCGUGGGUCCCAUGCGCAAGCGCUCCUCGUCUCCGAUACCCCGCUUCACCGUCUGGUCCUGCUACCUCCUCGCCGACUGGGUCGCCGACCUCGCCCUCGGCCUCCUCCUCAACAACAUGGGCAACAUCAGCGGUGGCGGCGGCAACUCCUCGUCCAGCUUUGGCCUCAAGCGCGGCGGCGGUGGCGGCACCGCUGGCAACAACAACAACGCUAGUAGCGGAAGCAGUAGCCCCAUCAUCUUCGCGUUCUGGACGCCGUUCCUGCUGCUCCACCUGGGCGGGCCGGACACCAUCACCGCCUACUCGCUGGAGGAUAACGAGCUGUGGCUCCGCCACCUCAUUGGCCUCCUCUUCGAGCUCUUCUCCGCCUGCGUCAUCUUCUUCUGCUCCCUUCACGGCAACCCCAUGAUCCCCGCCACCGUGCUCAUGUUCAUCGUCGGCAUCAUCAAGUACGCGGAGCGCACCUACUCCCUCUACUCCGGCAGCGUCGACGGCUUCCGCAACAAGAUCCUCGACGACCCGGACCCGGGGCCAAACUACGCGAAGCUCAUGACGGAGUUCGACGCCAAGGAGAAGGCCGGCCUGGUCGUCGAGAUCGCCAUAGCCAAUGGUGAGGCCGAGGAGGCACACAAGGAGAUGGAGAAGCAAGAGACGAUGCGGCUGGUGCAGGACAAGAACAAAAGCGUGGAGGCUCGCGCGUACGAGUUCUUCCUCAUCUUCCGGCGGCUCUUCGUCAACGUGAUCCUGAGCUUCAAGGAGCGGCGGCUGAGCCAGGCCUUCUUCCUGGAGCGCGAUGACAUGAAGGGGAGCGAGGCGUUCAAGGUGAUCGAGGUGGAGCUCAACUUCAUCUACGACAUAGUGUACACCAAGGCGCCCGUCGCCUACAGCACGCACGGCUGGGUGCUCCGCGGCAUCUGCUCCUGCUGUCUCGUUUCCGCGCUCGUCAUCUUCUUCUUCCUCGACAAGCCUGGGCACCAGAUCCUGCCCGUCGACGUCGGCAUCACGUACGCGCUGCUGCUGGGUGGGCUGGCGCUCGACGUGGCGGCGCUGCUCAUGAUUUUCUUCUCCAACCGCGCCCAGGUGUACCUGGAGUCGUCCAGGUGGCUCAGGUGGCUGGCGUGGCUGAGGGAGGUCAUCAAGCGGUGGCGGGCGCGGCGCUGGUCGGGGAAGACAUCGCAGCUGAACCUCAUCGAAUACUGCCUCGGCAAGCCGGGCAAUUACAGUAACAAAGGUGGACGGCGGUGGCUCCACAAGAUCGUCGAGAAGAUGCACGUCGAGGAGAUCGUGGACGACUUCUUCUUCAUCCACCGCGUGCCACUACGCGGCAAGAAGCAGCAGGACGACGGCGGCGACAAGCAGGACUCCCCUCCUCUCCUAGAUUUCAUCUUCAAAGGCCUCAAGCCAGCGGCCGAGAUGCUGAAAGCGAAAGGAAAGGGGGACAUCAUGGAGAUGUGCAACUGUCGUGGCAACCGUGUCAUCCAGCGCCAUGCCACGGAGAUCAAGAAGAACAUCGAGAAUAACGACGAGGUGAAGCACCUUGCCAUGGAUAAAAUCAAGAAGUCCCUCGAGGAGAAGGACGAGGCGAAGCGCCUUAGCAUGGACGACAUCGACAAGAUCAAGGCCGAGGUCGCUACGGAGAAGUUCAGGCUGAUCCUGGACAGCGUGGAGCAGAGUGACUUCGACGAAUCCCUGCUGCUGUGGCACAUCGCCACCGACCUGUGCGGCCUCCAGAACAAGAUAACGGCACCAACGGCGGACGAAGAUCGGCUGCGACCCAUCGGCGAGACCCUGUCGGAGUACAUGCUGUACCUGCUCAUCAAGCAGCCGGAGAUGCUGGCGGCGACGGCGGGCAUCGGCCUGCUCCGCUACCGGGACACGUGCGAGGAGGCGCGCCGGUUCUUCGGAUCCAUGGAGGCGUGGAUCGAUGACCACGACGACGCGCGCAAGAUGCUGCUGAACGUGAACACGUCGGAGAAGCCAUCAGUGGUGAAGGGCGACCGGAGCAAGUCGGUGCUGUUCGACGCGGUCAUUCUGGCCAAGGAGCUCAGGAAGCUGGACGACUGGCUCAUGAGGGAGGUUGUCACGGGGGUGUGGGGGGAGAUGCUGACGUACGCGGCGGGCAAGUGCCGGGGCAACAUGCACGUCCGGCAGCUCAGCCGCGGCGGCGAGCUCAUCACGCUCGUCUGGUUCCUCAUGGCGCACAUGGGGCUCGGCGACAUGUACCAGAUCCAGGAGGGAGACGCCAAGGCCAAGCUCAUCGUCAAAGACCAGUAG